GAGGUGGUCAGCACCAGGGCACAUUUGGGGGGCAAUGGAGGGGGGCACGACCUCCACUGUAUCCGCAGCAGCAGCAGCAUCAUCAACAACAACAACAACAACAACAACACCGUCAUCAGCAUCAACAGCUUCAGCAACAACAACACAUGCAGAGACCACAGAUGCAAAUGAACCAGGGUAUGAACAACCAGAACAUUCAUGACCAGGAUAUGUUAAAUCGUGGUUUGCAGAAAAGAGACAUGCAUCACAAUGGUCCUCCUUUCCAUCAUAAUAGAGAUCCCCAUCAUGAUAGAGAGCCCCAUAUAACAGAGCAGAGACAUAGAGAACAAUCUUUGGGUCAUAGGGAACCCCAAUACAGAGAUAGAGGACCACUUAUAGAACAUAGGGUACCUCCUAUAGGACAUAGGGUACCUCCCAUAGGACAUAAGGUUCCCAGAGCACACCCAAUGGAUGAAUUAACUCAUGCCACAAAUCAUCCCCAUCCUCUAGACAUAUUAACAGAUCCAAAACUAAAAGCCCCACCAGAACCAGCUGCCAAAAUAUAUAUUAACCCUAAUUUUAAGGGUUCUGUACCAGUGCAGUCAGAUGUAGUAUUAAACCCUUUAGUUCAAGAAUCCAACCUGAGAAGUAUUCAAGAGCCUUCAUCACAGAGCUUCCCUCAGUCCAUGCAAGGCAAGACUAUGUUCAUGAAUGAUCAGUCAUUACAUGGUCCUGGCAUACUGGGUAACCCACCUCAAAUCACUUCACAAGUUCACAAUGGAGUCACACUGAAUGGUCCAAGACCUCAUCUGAUGGGUCGCCCACGUCCAGAUAUGGAUUUAAGACAAAUGCAACCCCAAGCAAGACACCCUGCACCCCAACAUAGACCCCUGUUUUCUGAUCAGGACUAUAGAGGCGGAAAUUUUCAAGAUCCAGAUUAUCGCCAUCGGCCAAAUCGUUUGGAAUAUGUGAAUAUUGAUAAUGUAAUGGAGGCAGCUAAUAUGUUUACAAGAUUAGUGGAUAGUUUUAACCAGCCAAGGGGGCAGUUAGUACAAAUGAAUCAAGGUCCACGAGGAGCUGGAAAUUUCCCAGGCCCAAGAUUUCAAGGUCAUCCUCAAGGGAAAAACAAUAACGAGGCUCCUCCCACAUUGAAUGGUCCAAGGCCUCGGAUGCCCCAGCAGGACAGACCUAGACCACUGAUACCUGAAAAUCCCCAUGGGAGCCCCCCACAUAAAAGUCCAAGAGAUAGGCUGGGGCCCCAGCAACAGCAACAAGAACAUCAGAAGAGGAAACAAAAUGAGAGACCAACCCCCCAAAAAGUCAGCCCUAAGAAACCUCUUACUGAAGAUGAGAAGAAAAAGAUGGAGCGACUUGAAAGAUUCAAAAAUCCAACUUCAAUUAACAUCCAUGCAAAGAAACGCCUUGCUCCUCUUCCAACUAGCAAUACCCCUGAAGAUGAUGAGUCACCAACCAAGCAAGCUAAACUGGCCUCUCAUGAGCCAAACACACAGAAUCCUACUUUGAAAAAGCCAGUUAAAAACCGACUUGGUGUCAGAAAUACUGAAACAAGUGUUCAAGUCUCUGGAAGCAAAAGUAUUAAAGUCCAAGGUGCAGUUCAAACCAGGCUGGGUACCAAAUCUUCAGCUGUGACUUCCACUAUCACUAAUCCUGUUGGAUCUCAAAAGAAAGGUGUAACCUCUCAAAACAAACCAGUCAUUAAGAAGAUAGCAUUAAACACAAGAAAGGUUGUAGCAGAAGAAAGACAUGUUAAAGAAGAGACGACAGACACACCACGCUUUGAAUUCUCUGGCACCCAAAAUGCUGAUCAAGAGGGAAUGAGUGAUUAUGACAGAAAAUUAGCAGAGCAGAAAAGACUGAGGGAAGAAGUAAUGAGAAAGAAACAGCAAGGACGUCUAUGUUCCAGAUCUCAACGUCUUACCGACCUGGAGGAUAGACUUCAAAAACAAGGUAAAAGUCUUGCUGAUGUUGACAUAGAUGAACAUAUGUCUGAUUCCAUCAAACCCACACCAGCCAAGCAAGUGUUGCAAAAUCCUCAUGUCAAACAAAGUGCUAAAUCAACCAGUGCUAACACUAAAAAAACUGAACCUCAAAAGAUACAAACAAGUAUCAAUCGUAACAGCAGUCAAACUCUGAGACAACCUCAUAACACAACUAAAGCCACAUUGGGUGGGUGCAAGGAGCAGGAUGAUAAUAUUAUGGCUGCUGUAAAUGCUGCUUCAAACAAAAGUGCAGCUAUCCCCACGGUGAAGCCAUUGCUUCGAGGAAAUACCCUUAAAAGGUCAAACCCUUCUACCCAAGUUCAAGUACCGGUGCGUGCUGUAAGGAAACCAAUAAUGGCACCUGGGGAUUCCCCCACAGCUGAUUCCUCCAAAGUUGCUAUUAAUCGCAGGACUAUUGUAAAACCAGGUCCAAGUACAACUGUGAAUAAGAAUAAAAGUGUUAGUAGUACUAAUAUGAGACAGGUGGUGAGGAGGACUGAUGAACCAACAAGGAGAGUAGUUGUGAAUCCAAAUGCUAAAGCAAUUUCUACUGACACCAUUGAAGUGGCCGAUAUGAACUUUGCCUUGAACAGUGACAAUGUGAAAGCAGUCUAUGAGCAGUUUGAGGGUGACAUUACUGAGGUGGAAGUUAAUGUUGGUGACAAUAAGCUACUACUCAUCUUCAGAAAUAAAGAUGAUGUUAUAAAGAAUGUCAGACGACAUAAAGGACUUGAGGUGAUGGGUUCUGUGUUAAGUGUUCGUCCAGUGCCUUCCAAACCCAAAAAGAGUAAGUAACCUCUAUCAUAGCAACUAGCCCCAUACAUGAAAGCUAGAUAUUCACAAUUUAUGGAGGGAUUGUGAAGUCGUUAAGUCCUGUAGAUGUAAAUCCUGUCCAAAGUUUGAGAUGAACAUAGUUGAUGUUAGAUAAGAGAACCAAUUGAAGGAUGUCUAGCCCAUUUAGCGACCUUCAAGAUCGUGAGAGCAAACUAUUAAAGUUAAAGUAUGCUUUAUUUUUUGCUUUGAUGUUGGAUUGCCCACCAGCGCCACUCUAUUGCAGAAUGUUGCAUACAUGAGAUAAUUCGAAGUAUGUGAGCUAGUAAAUUCUGUAUCUGUGGUGUGAUGUCUGCUAAACCAUAUUGUGGGAUGACAUUUUGCCUGCAGUCAACCUAGAUUAUCAGAAACCAAAACUAAAUAGGUGAUGGUAUAAAUUCUAGUAGAUCUCAAAAACAAUGCUGUGCCGUGAAAGAUGUGUUUUAGAAAAUACAUCUGUCCUCCGACCGAACCAGAGCAGCCUCCAUGUUAUUGACAGCAUAAACAAGCUCAAGAUGUUAGGAACCCAACUUCAUUUUUCAAAAGGAUCAUGAAACCUUAUGAUGCAACAUGGUAUUCUUGACUUGAAUUAUACUUUUCAUUCGUGCACAUCCUUUGAAUACCAACACAAACCUCUGUUGCUGUUUGAAGCUGCUUUACACAAUUGUCCUUUUUGAAGAUGUGUAUAUAGAUGGGUGGGGAAACUAAAGGAGCUUUAUGAAGACUGACAAUUGCUGCCUGCUAGAAGGUCUGUUUGAAAAGGUCACAUAGAAACAAGACCAGCAUAUAUGUAAUCCUGUACAUAGUCAAGUGUAAUUAUCACCAAGGAAACAUUUUAAGUAUUAAGUUCGAAUAAGGAUUAUUAACUUGUGAACGCUGGUGACUUACUAAAGAGAACUAACAGCUUGGAGCUGAAUAUGACGUAUGAACCUGGUAUAGUACAUAACUGAAAAGCAGAUAAUUUUCUUCGCAAAAUCAUGAUCAAACUUGUACAAAGCAACAUGAACAGGCUGCAAUUUUAUAUGAAGGAUCAACAUUUGCCCUUACGGUAUCUAGAUCAAUUUGCAACAUGGUCUGCAGGAUGUUAUCACAAUAUCUCAACAUCAUGACAAUGUAAAUAUUUAGUCACACAUAUUUCAAUGCAUUUUAAAUGCAGUUACACAUAAUUUUCAUUAAUUAAUGAAAAGACAUUCAUUUCAAGCAUAUACCCUUUCUAAAGAGGUAUUAUAUUUGGAUAGUGUAUUGUAGACAAAGCAUGAUGCUCAUCAUGGUUGAAAAAGGGAAAAUUAUGAAUGACAAAACAUUUUGUUCCAUUGUUAGUUAAAACAAAUGAUUAAGGAACUUGUUUAAAUUGUUCAAUUAAGUGACACUUUGAUAUAUAGAAUGAUGUAUUCUUUUUAAAAGGCAUUUUCUUUUGACCUUAAAAUUGCAUACUCACUUUAAAUUCUUUUGGAAGAUUUUUAUCAAUGUCGUAUUGAGAAUACAAGUCCUGAAUAAUUGGUAAUAUUGCCAAGGCAAACCAUUUUUAACACGGGAAAGCAAAUUUAGCUGAAAUAUUUUAUUAGCUGUAACAAUAAGGUUAACCAGUGUAAAAUUACUUCUUAUACAGUACUAUGUCAAUUUGCAAAUUGUAUAAGUCAGAAGAAAGGCCUUUGGUAUAUUAUUUCAUGUAAGAAUUACUAAAUCAUUAUUAUUGAUGGAAAUAUAUAUAGGUGU